AUGCGUUCUUUCUUGCUUACCGCCGUCGGCGCCUUCGGCUUCAAGGCAAUGGCUCAGACAGCCUCCUUCGCUUCGGGCAUGACGUGGAGUGCCGUCACCGUCGGGCAAGUUUGGGCCAUCAGCUGGACUAUUGGUGAUGGGACACCUGUCUCCUUGUUCUUGGGAAACGCGACCUGGAAUACCCCAGUCUUCGAAAACAAAGCUGCCACGGAUGGAGAGUACGACUGGACCGUGACAGUUCCGGAUGGUUUCGUUGCUGGCAACUACGCCCUGGCUUUGGCCCAGAGUGGUUCCAUCGAAUACUCCCCGCUGUUGACCGUCAAUUUCCCGGCCGGCGGAUCGAGUGGUUCGACAUCGUUGGGUACCUCGACGACCUCCUCAAUGCCCAAUGCGACCGUCACAGGCAACCCCAUCUCUGCCACCGAUGCUACAACCACAACAGCUGCAACCGUGACCGUUACAUACUUCGAUGACGAGUGCGGCUGCACAAAGACAUCCGAAGUGCCCGCGACCGCCGCUGCCACCGGCUCAGGGUUGGCUGGCACACAAUAUACCUGGUACGACGUGGUCUGCGGAUGCACCAAGACGGCCAUAGCCCCAGCGCCUACCACCACUCAAUGCCCUGGAAGUGGAUGCAGUAGCUACACCGCUCCCCCCGGUGGAAACGUGCCGCCUUCCCCAACUUCGCCAGCACAGCCUUCGGCUUCGACAUUCAAGGGUGACGCGAACCGAUUGGGUGGCUCGGUGGGAGCUGUUGUGGGAUUGAUUGCGGCGGCCAUGUUCGCAUGA